AUGGCGCCUUUCUCUUCUUCUAUCUUUCUACUGCUACUUGUGUUCCCACAUUUAAUUUGUUCUCAAAACAUACCUGUGGGAACCAGUUUGACUGCAGCCUCAAACUCCGAUCCAUGGCGCUCCUCCCCUGCCGGAGACUUCGCUCUCGGCUUCCAACAGCUUCAGGGCAACGAUAGUCUAUACAUACUCUCCAUCUGGUUCGACAAAAUCCCCGACAAAACCAUAUUCUGGUUUGAAAGAAGCAGCUACCCGGUGCCGCGUGGCUCAACGCUGCGCCUCGACGCCGCGGGCGGCCUCGUCCUCAAUGAUCCCCAGGGCCGCCUUCUCUACAAUAGUAACGCCACCGGUCAAGUUGAUCAUGCCACCUUCAACGACACCGGAAACUUGGCUCUGCGCCGGAACGAUUCGUCUAUCCUUUGGGAGAGUUUCAAGCAUCCAACCGAUACAAUAUUACCAACUCAGACGAUUGAGCUCGGCGACACGCUCGUUUCCCGGAAAAGUGAGGCUAACUUUUCCAUGGGGAGAUUCUACGCCGCUGUCAACGGUGGUGGGAAUUUCGUCUUCAACACCAAGAGCGUGCCCUCGAACUCGGGCUACGAUGAUGAGUACUACAGUAGCUCCACUUCUUCUCUUAAUGCUUCUGAGGCUGGGAUCCGUGUUGUGUUCAGCAGUGAAGCUUUGAUUUCUGUCGUGAAGAGGAAUGGGCGGGAACAGGUUAUUAGUCCUAGGUCGAUUCCAUCUUCUUCCGGUAAUUACUACCGGGCGACUCUCGAUUGGGACGGAGUUUUCGCUCAGUACUAUCAUCCCAAGAGCUUCGGGAACAGCCCGGGUUGGCAAGUUGUGGGGUCGUGGCCCAAUAACAUCUGCUUUAACAUCGACGGAGAUAGAGGAAGCGGGGCUUGUGGCUAUAACAGCGUGUGCAGGAUCGAAAACCGAAGGCCCGUCUGCACAUGCCCGCCAGGGUAUUCACUAGCCGAUGCCCUCGAUCGCAAUGGCGACUGUAAGCCCGACUUCCCGCACAUUUGCAGCAGUGGUGUAAAUGGCACGUUGCCACGAGACAAUGAGUACACCUUAGAGAUCAUAAGUGACGCAGGUUGGCCUAAGAAUGACUACCAACUAAUCCAACCGUGCAGUGAAGAGCAGUGCCGAAACUCUUGCCUGAAUGAUUGCUUCUGUGGUGUUGCCGUAUACAGAAGUAACAGCAGCUGCUGGAAGAAGAGGCUGCCGCUCUCCAACGGCAGAGUCGACAGCGAUCGCAGCUCCAAGGUGUUUCUCAAGCUGGGGAAGAAUAAGGAUAAUACUCCUUCACUCAAUCCGAGACUAAGAAGAGAUCGGCAAACGCUGAACGUUGUGAUAUCAGUGCUUUUAGGCAGCUCAGCCUUCAUCAAUUUCUUAUUUAUUACAGCAACGUGUCUCCUCCUCUUCCUCCUCAAAAACAAAAAACCCCUCAAUCCUGUCCGAGACCCUUCGUCUUCUUCUAACUUACGCUGCUUCACUUACAAAGAGCUCGAGCGGGCCACAGAUGGGUUCAAAGAAGAGCUAGGAAGGGGCUCUUUCGGAAUCGUCUACAGAGGGGAGAUUCCAAUCGGUUCCCAAAACAUAGUUGCAGUGAAGAAGCUGGACAGAAUGUUUCAAGAUUCCGAGAAAGAGUUCAAGACGGAAGUGAACGUCAUCGGCCGGACUCACCACAAGAAUCUGGUGAGCCUGGUCGGGUUCUGCGAGGAGGGGCCUCACCGUUUGCUCGUUUACGAGUACAUGAGCAAUGGGACAUUAGCAGGCUUUCUAUUUGGCCAUCUGCGGCCGAGCUGGAUUUUGAGGACUAAGAUCGCAGUGGGGAUCGCAAAGGGGCUGGCGUACUUGCACGAGGAGUGCAGCACCCAAAUCAUCCACUGCGAUAUAAAGCCUCACAACAUACUUCUUGACGAAUGCAACAUUGCUAGGAUUUCAGAUUUCGGGUUGGCUAAGCUUUUGACGAUGGAUCAGAGCAAGACGUUGACGGGUAUUCGGGGCACCAAGGGCUACGUUGCUCCUGAAUGGUUCAGGAACACACAAAUAUCGGUGAAGGUUGAUGUCUACAGCUUCGGAGUGGUUCUACUAGAGAUCAUAUCGUGCAGGAGAGUCAUCCGGGACGACCUAGAGUUUGGAGACGGCGAAAAUCCAAUCCUUACGGAUUGGGCUUGGGACUGCUAUGCGGAUAGAAAAUUGGAUGCAUUGGUGAAGAAUGAUGAGGAGGCCUUAAGCGAUGGGGAAGCGUUGGAAAGAUUUGUCAUGGUUGGACUUUGGUGCAUUCAAGAAGAUGUAUCUCUUAGGCCAACCAUGAAGAAAGCCUGUCUUAUGCUUGAAGGAGUCAUCCAAGUUCCAGAGCCAGCGAAUCCAUCCGCUUUCUCCUCGGUUGUUUGACGUAAGGGCAUCAACAACCACACGUACUAUAGUAUUCAUAAGUCUCAAGUACUUUCUUUCUUAGAGUUGCACCAAGUUGGAUUCCAAACUUAAGUAUAUAUAUUCACCAUAUCCUUAACCACGCACAUCGGUGUUUGUUUUGUUUACAUGUAUAAUCUAAUGGAUUGAUUUGAUACACUACCGGAGUGUUCGGUUUGCAA